UACACAGUAAAGGAGCGCAGCGAGAUGCCGUGCAAUGCCGCUGCAAAGGCGACAGUGUUUCAGAAAAAAUAACUAUACUAUCAGCGAUAUUAUUACCUGAAUGUCCGCGAACUCCAGUCAUGAAUCUGGGAGAUGGCCUGGUAUUUGCAUUUGAAAAUGGAAAGCCAAAGAUUGUUCUCUCACAUCACACUGUUCAACUAAGAAAUUCAAAGGAGGUUCCUAGUAUAGCCAGGCCUCCAAAAGUUCUCUGUAAAUCGCUGCAAGGUUUUGAUGAAGCCGUGCCAGAGAAACCUCAAAGGGGCACUAGCUCGAGAAGAAAGACCGUCCCAGACGCAUCUGCAAUCAGGAAGGAGAACAAGGCUCCUAGCAGAUUUACUUUUAAGGAUACCAGCACAGAAAACAGAGCCUCUCCGCUGGCCAAAUUUCCAGCCAGAGCGCGGCCUUCCAGGAAGUCCGAGAAAGACCAGCGGGUUCCGUCCCAGAAGCAGUCCAAGGUAGCUACAGAGAGCUCAAAGGAGAGCAUGGUGUGCCUGACACGGGAGCAGCUGCAGAUGAUCCUCAACACUAUCAGCCAAGCAUCAGGCAACAGUUCAGUAAACCCAAGCUGCAGCAGCCAGCCCCUUUCAGGAGGAUCUCAAGAUGAAUUGAAUGAGGAGACCACUGUGAGUGGGACAGAGAAAAGCCACCCAGGGGCUGUUGGUGAAUCUGCUCACCACAACAAGAAUGACAACAGCGCAGCAGAAAGCAAAGAUGACAGGGUGAUUUCGCAUGGGUUGUCACGUGAUCUCUUCAGCACUCUGGGUGAAAGAGAAAGGGAAAAGAAAGCUCUAGAAGCUAAGAGGGAACAAUGGAAGAAAGAACUAGAAGAACAGUUGGCUUUGAAGCAGCAGCAGCAGAAAAUCAGAUCAGAAGCAGAGUUGGACUAUAGCCACUCGGGUAAACAGGGUGGUGGAGCUGCAUCUAAAGCCACCACAAGGCAUAUUAUUAGGCAGUUGGGAGAGGAGACAUCAUCAAGACCUGCUUCAAGCCUGGAGGAUGAUGGCAGUCAAUCCAAGGCAGAGUACUCCAAGAGCCAACAGGACCUUCCGGCUGCCAUUCGCUCUGCCUUUGUCCUGGGGGAAGCUGCUCCACUGGAACAUGCCUUCAGUGCCAAAAAACAGGAGCAGCAGAGAAAGUGGCUGCAGGAGCUGGACCACCAGAGGGAGGAGGCUAAACUGAGACGCAUGCAGGAGAAACUGGAUCGUGCUCGGGGAGAGGAUCUGGAACGCUGGGCUGUUCAUUUUGACUCGCACCCGAAGAGUUCAUCUCAGCUGCACCUUGCUGUGGUUGAGCAGGAGCAGGAGCCCCGUAGCACCCUUGCUGCAAGCCAUCAGCAGUCUCCUGUGGGUACAACAGGAGAAGAGCAUCUGGAAAGGGAGACCAUGGAUGCCACUGGAGGUGUACUGCCAAAAGCAAGACAUUUGCGUACCAUGACGUCGCUCCUGGAUCCAGCGCAGAUUGAGGACAGAGAGAGGAAACGCUUGAAAGAGCUGGAGCAUCAGCGUGCCGUACUAGCACAAGUGGAGGAGCGGCGGCGGCAGCGAGAGCAAGAGGCGGCACUGAGGCAGGCGGAGGAGCAAGCAGAGGAGCGGAGGUUGGCCCUUGAGUGGGAGCAUCAGCAACAGCAAUACCAGCUGGACACACUGCGGCAGAAAGAAAAGGAGGAGCUCCACACACGGAAAACAGAGGAGCUUUACUUGAGUGUGCAGAGAGCACAGGAGGAAGCAAUGAAGGAGAAGCAGCAGCAGAGGAUCCGUGAAUUGGCAGUCAAGGGCCAUGAUGUCUCCAAGCUCCUGUUGGAUAGGGAUAAAGCAUUUGUGUCGACACACACAGUUGACAGCAAGGAUACACAAAUCUUGCCAACAAGAAGUCUGAAGGAAGAUCUGCGUAAUGAGCCAGAAGGAUCCAUUGUUGCAUUUCCCAGGAAAGACACUGCAGUGCAGACUGACGCUGACUUACUAAGCAUGGGAUGGACAGCAGGAGUAGCAGCAGUGGACAGAGUCAUGGCCACCAGGGUCCCAAUAGACUACAGGCCACCUUCCAAUGUCAAAAAGCCAAAGCGAGAAGUGCGAAUGCUGGAAAGAACCCUCGUGAAAGGGAAGGAGAACGUGUGUGUGGAGGACACACCACAGGGAGCAGACCCCUAUGAACCCUUCGCCCGGACAGACAGGGACCGCUUGCAGCGGGGUGGGAGAACGGCGUGGAACACGCGGAGGCCGAGUAAGCCUUUCAUACCAGCAUCGGAGCGUUAUCCCCCAGGGCUGCAGCAGCACAGGCAGGAGAGCCGACUAAGGAGACAGAUGGAGCUGCUGACCCUCAUGGAGAAGAACAGCACGUCGAGAGCACCUCGCAGAGAACCUUCUCCACCUCAACCCACGGAGCUGCACGGAGCCCUCACACAGAGAAGAGAGGAACAUUCUCAUAGUCGUCCUUCAGUUUCCCACCAAGAAAAUGGGACUCGGUCUCCACCAGUUCCUGCUGUAGAACGCAGGCUUCAGCAGCACACAGCCCUGCCCCCUUCCCCUCCUGCACAAGAGGCUACUGAGCGUCCGCCGUCCUCCACCUUCAUCCCUUAUGUGCGCACAGAUGAGGUGUACCAUCUGGACCCUUUGGCACCCAUCUCCAGGCCCUCAACGAAGGAGCACCAGCUGCAGGCACAGCCAGGUGAUGACCACAACAGGCCUACCUCAAAUGCCAUUCAGCAUGACCCCCUCUUGAACCCACAGCUGCUGAAGAACAAGACGAGACAGCAGGCAAUCCUCAAGAGGCUAUCUGAACUGAGGCAGGGCCUGUUGCAAAAGCAGAAAGAGCUGGAGUCAGGAUUCAACCCUCUGCUGCUGGGCCAGGAACGAGUUCUGCCCUCCAUACACCAUCCCUUGUGAAUUCACAGGCCUCGGUACUGGAGCUUAGUUCAUAUGCUAUAGACAAUAGCUGCAUGUUAGUCAGAUAACAGUGGUGUGUUUAGAGUAUCACAAGAGCUGGAACUUUUUUUUUGAGUAUUGCAGUAUUUAUGGUUUUAAAUGUGGAUGCUUAUUUAAGAUUUAAAGGAACAUAAGCCAAUGAAUGUGAAUGCUUCUGUGGCGAGGAGCACUAAUGUACACAUUAGUUCUUCAAUGAAUAACAUCCUGAAGCUCAUGCAGAGCAUAACUUCUACUGUACCAAUCUGAGCCAGAAUAAAGGUAACUUUCAAUGCACUCAGGUGUCAGUGUCUUAAAGGACUUUCAGCAGACUUCUGACAUGUGGCUUACAGAUAAAGAAAAAUGUGUACAAGCCACAGCAAGUACACAUUCACCCCAGAAGAUUUGAUACAGGCAAGUUUUAAUAGA